CUCCUCCUUCUUUCCUUUCAAUGAACACGAUGCCAUUUCCUAUUCUUACAUGCACAGACCCAAUUCAACUCUCUGAAUUUGUAACACAAAUGGUACCCAAGAUAUGGACUGGUACACCUUUUUUAACAAGUGAUCGUUCAACAACAUUUAAACUAUUUUGUCAAAAUAUCCUAAGGACAACUCAAAUCAGCAGUUCAUGUGUACUCAUCGCUUUAUUCUACAUCUAUCGACUAAGAUUCGCUUAUCCAACCAUACAAGGCUCAGCAGGGUCAGAGAUCAGAUUAUUUACCACAGCACUUAUACUAGCCAAUAAGUUCUUGGAUGAUAAUACUUUUACCAACAAGAGCUGGUCACAAGUAUCAGGUGUGCCUGUACACGAACUAAACAUUAUGGAAGUCGAGUUCUUAUCUGCACUUCAAUAUCGAACCUAUGUCCAUCAUCUUCAAUUUUUCUCUUGGAUCAAUCAAUGCAAUCACUGGCUCACCUUUCAUCGUCCUCUGAUACAAAAGCCUCAGCGAAGAAAGAGACGUGUGCAUCCCUGGCAUUAUUAUUAUUAUCCUGCAGCUUCUUCCAUUGCCACUGCCGCCGCAGCCACUGCAAUGAAUGUAAAUAAUUUCAUUCCAAAAGGGUUUUAA